UCAGGGGCGGGCCGUGCGGAGCGCCGGGAGGCCAUUGUGGCUGGGGCAGCGGGAGGCGGUGGCCGCGGCCGGUCCCGCCGCGUCCGACCCAGAUCUUGAAAACUUUGCCAGGUCCCUGAGAGAGAAAACUACAUGACACUACACCAUGACUGACAGUAAAUGUGAUAGUCAGUUUUACAGUGUUCAAGUUGCAGAUUCAACAUUUACUGUGCUAAAACGUUACCAGCAAUUGAAGCCCAUAGGAUCAGGGGCACAGGGCAUUGUUUGUGCUGCGUUUGAUACAGUGCUGGGAAUCAAUGUGGCUGUGAAGAAGCUGAGUCGUCCUUUUCAGAACCAAACCCACGCCAAAAGGGCCUACAGAGAGCUCGUUCUUUUAAAGUGCGUCAAUCACAAAAAUAUUAUUAGUUUAUUAAAUGUAUUUACACCACAGAAGUCACUAGAAGAAUUUCAGGAUGUAUAUUUGGUUAUGGAGCUGAUGGAUGCAAAUUUGUGCCAGGUUAUUCAUAUGGAAUUGGAUCAUGAAAGAAUGUCUUAUCUUCUUUACCAAAUGCUAUGUGGGAUCAAGCAUCUGCACUCAGCUGGUAUCAUCCACAGAGAUUUGAAACCCAGCAACAUAGUAGUAAAAUCAGAUUGCACGCUAAAAAUCCUUGAUUUUGGACUGGCGAGAACAGCAUGUACGAACUUCAUGAUGACUCCAUAUGUAGUAACACGGUAUUACAGAGCACCAGAGGUUAUCCUGGGAAUGGGAUAUAAAGAGAAUGUUGAUAUCUGGUCAGUUGGGUGCAUCAUGGGAGAAUUGGUGAAAGGUUGUGUGAUAUUCCAAGGCACUGAUCAUAUUGAUCAAUGGAAUAAAGUUAUUGAACAAUUAGGAACACCAUCAGCAGACUUCAUGAAGAAACUGCAGCCUACCGUGAGGAAUUAUGUAGAAAACAGGCCAAAAUAUCCCGGUAUUAAAUUUGAAGAGCUCUUCCCAGACUGGAUAUUUCCAUCAGAAUCUGAUCGUGACAAGUUAAAAACCAGCCAAGCUAGAGAUUUAUUGUCAAAAAUGCUUGUAGUAGAUCCAGACAAGAGAAUUUCUGUAGAUGAAGCCUUACGUCAUCCUUAUAUUACUGUCUGGUAUGAUCCAGCUGAAGCAGAAGCUCCUCCACCUCAAAUCUAUGAUGCACAAUUGGAAGAAAGAGAACAUGCAAUUGAAGAAUGGAAAGAAUUAAUAUACAAAGAAGUAAUGGAUUGGGAAGAAAGGAACAAGAAUGGUGUGGUAAAAGAUCAGCCCUCAGCACAGAUGCAGCAGUGAAUAGCAACACCAGUCCUUCCCAGUCAUCAUCUAUCAAUGACAUUUCAUCCAUGUCAACAGAGCAAACAUUGGCCUCAGACACAGACAGCAGCCUGGAUGCCUUGACAGGACCCCUCGAAGGAUGUCGAUGAUCAGCCAUGAUUGCAGACUUGACUUUGGAAAAGAACUCUUGUUUCCAUUGGGCCUGAAUUGCUUGUAAGUUAAUGGAACCAAGUAGAAAAACUCCAUGUUCUGCAUGUUCUGCUAAAGUAAUGCCUGUUGUUUUUUUUACUCAGUUGUUAUGAAAUUGCCUGCUUAAUGUUGUAGAAUGGAAACAAAUCAAUGUCUAAAGAAAAAAAAAAAAUCAAUUUAGACACUAUUAUAGGCUUUUCUUUGUUUCAGCCUAUUUCAGGUGAGCAGUUAUAAUAGACUUUUAGCCAAUAACUCCUCUUAAGUGGGUUCAUCAAUCUCCAGUCCCAGCUGGCAGGCUUCUGUGACACAGUGGUUGUUUACAUUUGAGUACAGUAUUGCUCAUUAGUAGGUUUUUGAAUGUAUAGUCCCUAUGAAGUUUGUUUUACUGUGUGACUGUGGCGGUUUGCUUUAUUUAACGACCAGAGUGUUGUGUGUAAGUGUGAGCUCACAUGUGGAACGCUCUCAGUACUGUGUUUAAAGGGCAGUUUUUCUUCCACACAGCACUUUUUUUUCUAUUUUUUUCAAUCAAACCCUUUCUAUCUUCACUUUUCAGCAAUUCUCUCUUCUUGUAGAAGAGAUAAAUGUGUAGUUUAAAGCAUAAAUCCAUUACUUUGUAUUGUAUUUUACUGAGUGUCUCUAACUUUUUCAGUCUUUUAAAUGUGGAUGAAAGAUACAGUGGCUUAAAUAAAUCUUGAGGAAGGAUGAGUGACUUUUCUGUGAAGCAGUGCCUGGUUAGAAGAGGAGAGCGUACUAAAAUGUUCUGUAUUUUCUAGCUCCUGAUACUCAUCCUUUAACAAACGUAAACAGAAAAAGAAGUUUUAUCUGUGAUGCUCUUCAUUCACUGCAAACUCUGAUAAAAGGAGAGAUGGCUUGGAGAUACUUGCAGACUCAAAAAGCUGCAUAAAUAUUUUCCAUUUUUUUUAAUGGGUCCACUCUAUCUAGUGAGUAAUUAAAGAAAUAAAAGUACAGUAGUUCUGAGUCACUUGUAAAUUAAGCAUUUAGUUAACAGAGCUUAGCUCUAUUCUCACCUUAGGAAAGUCUCUCUAUUGGUAGUGAGAAGUAAAACAGAUUUAAUACAAAUUUUCUAAAUGCAGCGUCAGAAAAGAGGAGGACGUUAUUUGCUGUUUCCAUACAGAUUUAUCAAUACAGUUUUCAGAAUCAGAUAAUACAAAAUUACCUGUUACAUUGCACAAUCUGUUGAAUUUGAAAAUGCAUUUGCAGUAGAGUAGGGCUUAAGUUGCUUUAUAACAUACACUUGUGACUUCGUGCAUGUUCACUUUGGACUGCUCAGGUGUGAAAUUUUGCUAAAGGAUCUCAUGUGUGCAUGUGUGUGACUGAACUAUAGAACUGUAAGAGUAAUUGAUGUGUACAAGAUGAGAUAAAACACCACUUUCUUAAGGGCACUGUAUUUAGCUGUUGAUCAGAUACUCUUGUCUUGAAUAUAUAAAUAGAACCUGUAAAAUAUACUGACCCAGACAGCCACUGCAUUACUGACAUACUUCUCUUGUAAAACACAAUUGUCCAUUGUUCCAGACCUUAUGAUUCGAAAAGCAACGCUUUCUCCUUAUGCAAACAUUGCUUUUAUAUUAAGAUUUUGGCCCUUUUUAAUAGCUUAAUUUGCUAUGAUAAAAAUACCAAGAUUUUAGUGUCCCAGAAGAUUAAAAAAAAAAUUACCAAAGUAGUUAAUGUUAACUUGAAUUGUAUUCUGGCAUCUCUGAUUUUUAAAAUUCAGUUUAAUUGAAUUGCAAAAUAUUUGGGGCUUGUGUUUUUUGUUAUUGUUUGGUUUUCAACCAAUGGAUAAGUUACUUUUAUCUUUGGAUACUGACGGUAUAUGUGAGAUGCUUUUAGUGCAUUCUUGUCACUGGAAAAACAUUUAAAAAUACUUAUUCGCCAUAUAGCAGAACAGUACACUUUGCUGUUCUUCUGCUUUUUUUAGUCCAUGUUAUUUGUGUAUGUUAAAGUAGCUGAAGACACCUAUUCACUGUAUGAGCAAUUAGUGAUUCAUUAUGAAAGUCAUCUGCUGAAUUUCAUUUUUUAAGACUUUUAAAUUUUUCAGCUGAAGUUGCACUGUGCUGUGUUCAUUUUAACAGUUUCUGCUUUAGAAGACUUUAAGAUUUAUUUCUUUUUCCCCAUGUGAUUUGAAUACUCGCGGAGUUGAAUUUUUUCUGUUGGACUUGGGCUGCUCAGCACAACGGAGGGUUGGACCAGAUGACCUCCAGGUCUAUUCCAACCUAAAUUUUUUUUGUGAUUCAAAUUGUCUUUUAAUUUUUUGAACAAAACUGUCAUGAAGACAGGACUUGAACUGGUAUCUGACCUUCUCCUACUGCAUACUGUUAGCUUGAACAUACACUCUUGGAACAAGAAAAGAACCCCCAACCUUGAGAUUAAAUGAGUUUAUUUGUAAAUCUUGUAGGAAAAGCUGUCUCAUACCUAAUUUUUUUGAUGUCUUCUUGCUAUGGCAUACACUGAAGCUUAAUUACAGAACACCUUCAGAGCAUGCAUGAAAUGUCUGUGAUUAUUGUGGACUUUGACUCCAGUUUAAUUCAAAACCAUAGUGCAAAUGCAUAUGGAUCUGCAGAGGGCACAUACGCAGACCAUACCCACCAAACCCAGCCAGGUGCAUGCUGCAGGUCCCAGGCUGAACCAGCGUGGAGGCUCUCAAUGCACUGCAUGCAGCUUCUCCCCAUCCCACUGCUCCUGACUGCAGGGGGAAUUCAGUGCUGGGUUUGUGACACGGUUAUCAGUGCCACGAGAACCUCCUCGCUGGUGGAAAACAAAAUCCAAUGUAACUUGACAGGGGUUUAAAAGUUAGGAGAGUGUGGUGUGCAAUAUAAUCACUUUUAUUCCUAAUACUAAAAUUAUGUCUGUAAAGUGAUGCAAUUGACCAUUUUUUUUGCACUUUGGCCUUUAUAAAUAUUUAUAUGUAUUUAAAGAUUAGGAAUAUGUGUGUGCGAACAUAUAUAUGAAGAAAACAGCUCAGUUUUGUAAACGUGAAUGUUACUUUCCUUUGAGAGACUUUGUAUAGUGUUAACACUACUGCAGCAUAAAUAGACAAUUUAUGAACUAUGACUAAAAUAAAUGGUGGUGAACGUAGACACAAUCUGUAAUGUUAACUGCUCACCUGAAAAAGAAAGGGAUCUUUGGCUGUCAAUAGAUACUUUACAAGAAACUUGUUAAACAUCUGAACACUGAGUAGCUGAAUGGCAUUGCAGAAAUGGAGUAUGUUUUAAAUAGUUCAUUUCAUCUGUGCUCAUAGCAUUUUUCCUCAAGCCUUAGAAAGAGAAGCUUGGCAUUUUGCAAUCUGGGUAAGCAGCCUGUAAGCAUACUUUGAGGAAAUACUGUGAUAUGACAAGUCUAGGUCUUUAUGGAAAAAGAUGAGAAACGAAUGUCAAAAUUAAGGCUUUGUCUGCAUGGAUCAUACAAACUAAACUAGUCUUAGGACUGGAAACUACAGUCUGCAAACAGCCUUUGAAGUUUUGUAACGUUUCCAGCAAGGGCUUACAUUUUCUUGUCAAAAUAAUGAAAAACUCAACCUUGACUAGAAAUUAACUAGUUGGUUGGAGAGUUUCAGAAGCUGUUAGGAACCAGAGGGCUCUUGAGGUUUUGUAUUUUUUUACAUCCUAACAGAGCGUAUGUGUUUAUUCCAAAUUAAUUAAAAGAAAAAAAGCGAUUCCAUAUGUUUAAUUUUUCUUUCUUAAAGGAAGGACCUUAAAUACUAAAUCGCUUUCCUUAAAAUUAUAAUUUUAUGAAUGAAGUAGGGUUUAGCUAUUCCAAACACAGCUGAUGCACAGAGUCUCCAAGGACUGGAUGGGUGAGCCUUGUGUUGUCACAGGGGCCACCCUCCAGCUGGGAGGUCACAGCUCCAGGUGCAGACAAACCUUUGUGGUGGUUGGGGAGCGUGGGUUGAGCCUUGCAGCAGCACAGAGUGUUUGGGGUAAAUGCUGAACUGCAUUUCUCUGCCUCUUCUACCUGUGUCAUGGAUUCCAGCAGGGCUUGAUGCUAAACGUAGUGAGACCAUAUACUGGGAGCCAGGUUCUUGCCUGGGAUGUGUGUUGUGUCAUUCCUGCUCAAAACUGAUUUUGAGCCAGGGACACCUGCAUCCAGAUGCAGAAUUUGGACGUGAGCUCUAUAAUGAAUCUCCUGAUUUCUUUUGCUUUUCCAGAGUGUCUUGAAUUAUUUUUUUUAACGUGUUGAAAUAUGACAAAAAAAGUGUAUUCUGGCUCAUUAUUUUACAUAUUUUAGAUUGUCUUGGUACAUGAGUGAUGUUCGAAAAGCUUCUUACACAAGUUGUCAAAUCAGUUUUGGUUUUUGCCCGCUCUGCAUGCUAAAAUAAUGUCUGGAGCUAAAAUCAUGUUUUAAGUCAACCACCUUUUCUCAUACUAGCUUUGGAGGAAAAUGGAGACAUAACCAUGUUUUUCUGUUUGUGUUUUAUAAAAUGAUUAUUUUUGCAGCUAAAAUUUCAGUUGGAUUUCAAUCUCACAGUGUUGCUUUGUGGAUAUAAAUUUCCUGGGUCCGCUAUUUCAAACAUAUGUGUAACAAGUCCAGUAUAAAAUUAAACUAAUAAAAUGCACUCUUCUGCAAUUUGUUACUGAAAACAUGGCAAAUAAUUUUGGUCCAAGAAUUCAAAACAAAAUAGAGAAAAUACAUUUAACUGUUUAAGUUUAUUCCUUGAUGCUGCUGCUUAUUUUUUUUAAAGGUGCUUGCAGUUUUGCACAAAAGAAAUCAAUUUUAUUAAUUGCUGGGUUUGAAGCACUUUAGGAUUCUUAUGAAUACAAUCAUAUAUGGUGUGAAAAGGAAUGACAUAACAUGCUUAAUGUGCUUAAAUUUUGGUUGUAGCCUUUGCUAGACUGAUAGAUUUGAUCACCAUGUUUCUUUAAACCUAUUUUCAGAGAUUAGAAAUUAGAAACCUUUUGGAGGCUGAAAUUUAACACAUGGUAAGAGAUGAUUUGAGAAGUACCUUCUGAGGGGGUGACUUGAUUGGCAAUGUGACUACCUGGCCAUCUAUUGGAUAAAGACCCAGCAAUGUCUGUUCCUGUAGCAAGGGCAGCUCACUGUGAGCACUGGGAUUCUUUUUUUAAACAAAUGAACUUUUCUUAACUCCUGGCUAUGCAUCAUCAAGUUGUAUGUGCUGUGCUAGGACAGCCAGGACAGCUGCUUUGUGGGACUCCCUGCAGCAGAUGCUCUGUGACUGUCACGGGGAGACACUGUCCCUGCUCUGCAAUGCUCCAAAUACCAAAGCCCUGGUAUUUGUGGGGUGUCCCUGAGCAGCUCCCUGUGUUUCUUUCCCCAGCUGGGCAGUAGCUCAGCACUCCACAGGCUCCUUAGGAUAACAAAAGCAGAGGAGAAAGGAGUCAGGUUCAUUUGAAGAGCAUUUGGUGCUCACUGCCUGGAGCAGGGAUUGUGUUUGUUGCUGAUCACAAAGCUCCUUAUACCCCUGAGCAUGUGCUGUUGUCUUGUGUUCUAAUGGGGGAAACAUUUUUUUGAAAAUCCAAGUGUGUCACAAGCUUUUCUAUUAAUUCAGAUGCUUAAAUUGGUGCUAAUUUUUUAAAAGAAAAUGUAACAGAUGGUUAGCACUGUAUUUGUCUGGUUUUGAUACCUAUAUUUUCUUAACUGGUAGCAAGCCAAACUUUAUAAAUUGACUAAUGUGCAUUUUCAGCUUCACCAGAUUCCCAGAUUUUCCUAAAGUAAAAUGUUUAAACUUCCAUGGUAGUUACUGCUUCUUUUGGAGCCAUUGCCUUCAGGUGUUUUAUACACUAAUCAAAUGAACACAAUUAGGGCAGCAAUACCUAACUAUCCCUUUCUUUAAAUCACAACGUGGUCCCCCAGGUGGUUUUAGCAGUUUAGUGUGAUCGAGAUGCCUAAUUAAGAGCAAAUUAGAGAUACCUGUGUGCAGUUAACUCAGUACAUUGAAGCCUUACUUGGUUGUUAAGGUAAUUUAUAAAGCUUAUACAAAUCUUCAUCUAUUUUAAAGAGGGAAUAACAAGCAGAAAUAAUUAACUGUUUUUGUAUAAAUUAAAUGUAAAUUCCAGAAAAUAUAUUGUUUAAUGUAUUACAGAACACGGGCUAUUAAACAGUGUAAUAGGCUCAUUGAGUGAUUAGUUAUGAAAUCCAGUUUUAUCCAAUGACUCAAACCCCCUGCAAAAUGUAGUUCUUUGAGAAUUUCUUUUGAAUGCCUUCAAGUUUAACUCCCCUCAGAAUCCUUUGUAUGUUUGGUCCUCUUUCCCACCUUCUGUUGACCAAAUGUCACCAAAAGUAGCAUCAAGCCCUAUCACUUGUUACAGUGUUCUGGUUUUAUGGCCUUAACAUUAGUUAUAGUCUGGUUUAUAAUUUCAGAAGAAAGAUGUGCUUUGAAGUCUAACUAUAGAUACAUGUGGCCUCUUCUGCCUAUGGAAUUAGGCUUUGAUUGUCAUAUCUCAUUCUCGAUGCUUGUGCAAUAGGAACAUAUUCCUCUCAAUGCAGUGGCUAUUUUGUCUGAUGCUGGACUUUGGUUUCAGGAUGACUAGAAAGUUUUCUUGGGUUUGUUUGUUUUUGUUUUUUUUUUACUGGACAGCAGUCACGCUUUGUUGGUUUUUUGGACUGAUACUCUUUAGGAAAAUAGAAUUUCAUAAGGAAAACUGUCAAUAACUAGUUCUGUGGUUCUAGUUAAAGCCUUGUUCUGAAGCUUUUUGGUUGUUUGUUUGUUUUUUUUUCUUUCCAAAAACGUUAUCGUAAAACAGUACUAAAGCCACUGUAAAAUUACAAAUAAAUAUGUAUACAUAAAAGA